GCACUUAGACACAGGGACAGACAUAGGGGCACAGACAGGGGGGAGAGUUAAACACUAGACUGAGGGCAGAUUGGGAGAGAUUGUGAGGCACACAGAGGGAGAGACUGGGAGCAGAGAGAGAAGUGAGAGACAAACAGGGGAGGGACACAUACAUUUUUUUUGUACACACAGCCCUCAUAGAGAGGCACAGACAUACAGACUUGAGGCACACAGACACCUUUCCGACACACAGGCACUCCCAAUAAAGCCAGACUUGAGCCACCAGGGAGGACAGCACUUAGAAAGAGGCAGAAGCCACACAGGCAGUGGCCCAUUCAGGCACUCAGACAGCACCCAGACAGGCUUUACACGCACAGAGCCUUUGGCAAGGUCCUGGGACACAGCGGAGAAGGGAAGUUCCUGUGCCAUGCUGCAAUUCCUGCUGCUCCCUCUUCUGCUCUGCACUGUUACCCGGGGCCACCCAAUUCCAGGAGGUGACACACUGCAGUCUGGUGGUACAUGCUGGCUGCUCCAGGGUACAGAUUCCACGUGCAGUAGGAUGCUGCUUAGCUCAGUGACAUGGGACGAGUGCUGUAAGGAUGGGCACAUAGAUACAGCAUGGUCCAACUACACUGAACCAAUGAAUAAGAUCAGUCUUCUGGGCUUCCUGGGUCUGGUCUCUUGCCAGCCCUGUCGAGACAGUUGUGAAGGGGUGCAGUGCCCCCCUGGAAAGACAUGUUUCCUAAAAGACGGGCGUCCACAGUGUGAAUGUACACCAGAUUGCUCAGGCCUGGAGGCCGAUGUGCCAGUUUGUGGUUCUGAUGGCCACACAUACCAGGAUGAGUGUGAACUGGUUACAAAAAAAUGCCGGGGGCACCCGGAUCUGGAGGUCAUGUACUAUGGGAAAUGCAAAAAAUCUUGCUCUAAUGUGGUUUGCCCAGGGACUCAUUCCUGUGUGGUGGAUCAAACAGGGAGCGCCCAUUGUGUUGUUUGCCGCUCAACGCCUUGUCCACAGCCACUUGCUUUUGGAAACAUGCUGUGUGGGAACAAUAAUGUCACUUAUCCUUCUGCAUGCCAUCUUCGCAGAGCCACCUGCUAUCUGGGAAGGUCUAUUGGGGUUCGUCACACAGGCAGUUGUGCAGAUAUUCCUGAGUUUUCCAUGGAUCUGGAUGACAGCGUGAAGAAUUACAUCUGACAUCACCAUGAAACGCCUGGCACAUAGGCAUUCCAUAUGUAUAUUGUACAUACAGUGAGGCAUAUUUAUUAACUGGAUGUGCUAUUUAUAUAUAUAUCAGACAGGCUCCUUAUCCCAUGAGCACAGGGGCUCAAUGCAAAACUCUUGUGACUAUAAAGGUGAGAAAAAAGAAAACCCAACAAAUACACUUGGUGCAAGACAUGGUAAAACCAGUGCUAUUUUUUCUAAUGAAUUUGCCUCCUGAAGACUUUGCCCUCUUUUGUUAUGGUCGUUGAAAUGAAUAUGCUGAACGUUUGCAAGAGGUGAGACAACACUCCAAGAAGCAAAAGCUCGCCCAUUCCUUUCCUAUUCUAUAUGUGUUUAUUAAGCAUAGCUUUUUUAAUAGACUGAAAAUUAUACUAAUAUUGUAACCCUAUAUAGGACUGCUGUUUUCAUGUGCAGACAGUAGUUUCAGGGAUCAUCAGUGCCCUAAAGAACAUGUAGAAAUGUAGAUAAUGUCACAAGAAAUUAGCACUGCAUCUAGAUCACAAUUUUAACUUAUAUUAUCAGCAGAGUACAUAAGUACCAGGCAUAUAUGUGGUACCUUGAAGACUUUCCUCCUCCCGAUUGUCAUUACGAAACAGAGACAAUAGAAAUAUGGGAAAGGGAGUCUGACAUAGUGAGUGGAAGAAAAACUAUACAUACGCAGUUUUUCCCUCCCUUGCAUGGUGAUAUUUAUCCCUUUCCCUGUUCAGUCCCAAGUUUGCUGCUCAGUCAGUUUUUCCUUUGUGCAUAAGCUGAUAAAUCAUUAUAAAACACCAACCAUGCAAUAUAGCUGGUUACAAUACUAGAAGCCCCAGGGAGCUUCUAAUCACUGGUUAACUUUGUUCUUAUGUUCAUAUCUUGGGUGUACUUUGCCUUGUUUUAGUAUAGUCCUGAUACCCCGGUGGUUUUUUUUUUGCUGUUUUUUAUCUUUGUGUCUCUAUUUUCUAUUCAUGGAAAUAAAAUACUUAAAAUUA